GUAUGUAAUUAUGUAUAUAUCAUCAAGUGUAUUUUAAGGUCACCUCUUAUUUUAAUACCUAAGUUUUAGUCUACACUCCAAUCUAACCUGCUUCACUAAUACAAUAGCACAGUCACCCUUGCGCUUGCCUUCUCUAUUGUUUCUCUGGUUUCUAUUGUUUAGCCCCAGCCCCUUACUUUCAGUGACAGGGUGCAUUAUGGGACUGGUCAGUUUAAAUUCACACUUGUAGUUGAUUAUGUAUGGAGUAGUCGGUUCAUCGCUGAUAUAAUUGAGACAAUUGUCACAGGUUAGUUUGGUUGAAUUGUAUAUUUAUGUGUUCUUAUUUAGUGCUUUGAAGAGUUUGUUAAGGUGCAUAUGUAUGGUUUCUUAACUUCUUUUAAUAAUGCUUAUAUUGUUAGGUGUGAUAAAUAUAUAUCAUAUCAGUCAUCGUAUUCAGGUAAAUGUAGUUAGGCUAAAUUUGCUUAAAUACCUUAUGUAAGUAUGUUUAUAAUAGAUAAUCUUAACUAGCAUUUUCAUGUUGAUAUUACUUAACUUAUUGUGUAACUAAGCAUAAUGAGUACAUUUAUUGAUAGACUGGAGCUAUUUACCUGUAAAUUAAAGUUCUGCACCUAGCUGCACAUGUAUGAAUGUAUGUCUGUAUGUCUGUAUGAUGAGGUGAGUAAUUAGAAUAUAUAUUUUAGGGUUAUUGUAUAUACCUAAGGAUGUAAACAUAUUGAUGUAAUAUGUUACACUGUAAUUAUGUUAUAUGUAUUUAUGUUCAGGUGUGUCCCUGUAAAGCAAAUAUCUGAUGUUGUGACAUCAUAGGGCACAGUGCCAUACACCUGGGCCGUUUUAUUUUGUAUUAAAACAACUGGCAUCAACAAAUUAACCUGCGUUUUGUGAUUCAUUCACAUAAACCACUCCGGUUACAUUGGCGUCGUCGGCAGGAUUUAACAGUUGUUGCAGUAAGGCACCCAGUGACAAGUGACAACGAUGGACACUAGCUGUCCAUGGAUGAACGCGACAGAGAUCUGUGUGCUCCAGGACCCGUGAUGUGAAAUUAAUGUAACUACAUAAUGUAUCAGUUACUUUAUGCCAUCAUCUUUUCAUGAGCUUGCCUCUCAGUGUAUAGACAGCGAUAAACUUGUAUUGUGCAAGAGCUUGAUUGACACUUUCGUUCCAUUGUAUUGUGCUUUCUGUGAUUGACAGUUAUUCAUGUGAAGAGAAGAGGAUACCACUGCUGUGAUCAUGUAUAACAGACAUUUGUCUUUCCUGUAUGUUUAUAUAUAACUGUCUAAUGGGUUGUCUGUUGUAUAUUUGACAUUUACAUAAAAUAUUUACUGCAUAGAUUUGUACAGUGCACUUGGUAGUCUUAAUCAUACCGGCCGGUCAUUAGUUAGUUACCACAUUAGUUAGUUAGAUCAUUAGUUUGUUAUAACAUUACUUAGUUAGAUCAUUAGUUAAUUAUUCCUUUAGUUGCUAUACAGAGUUGUGUCCCUUGGGCACACAAGAAACCUAUGAUUAUGGGUUCGAAUCUCGGUUUGCCCCACUUGUGUUUCUAGAUUUGGCAGCACCAUACCAGUGCUGAGGGUUUAACCAGCGUAGGUGUCUAAGAUCUGCCUCACUUCGGGAUUUUCUCCCACUUUGAGCUGACAUGCCGUGAUAUGACUGGAAUAUUGUUCAAUGCGGCGUUAAACCCUCACUUACUCACUCAUUUAGUUAGUUAAUUAGUCUACAGAUUUUUUAAUUUUAUGGUUAAUUUGUUAGUUUCUUAGUUAAGUAGUUAUUUAAUUAGUGUUAUUAGUUUAACUUGUAUCAUAUUAGUACCCUUUAUAUAGUUAUGUAAUAUAUCUGUGUUUGUGUGAAAGAAGUAUGACUGUUUAGCACUUACAUAUUACUCAAACACUAUUAUAAGCAAUAAAAUCAUAACAUAAUUUAAUAAUAAAACAUUUAAAUCAGUUUAGAUAUAAUAGAUAGGUCAUAAUUGUGUUUGGUUACAUUCAGUUGGUCAUAGAGUUUAUUGAUGUUGUCUUGGUAAAGUUGUACGUGUUGGGACUCUGUCUCCAUACAUCUUAUUUUUUUCUUCUUCUUUUUUUUCUUUGUGUUUGCAGCGGUCGCACAGCUUACACUUGCACACCAUUACUAACGUUUGCACUUGUCAAUAUACAAGUAUUUUAUAUCUUGUGUUCUAUUCAAAACAACAUUGUUUAGUUAGAAGUUAGAAUAUACAUAUGCAGUUGCUAUGUUGGAGAUCCAGCCCAAUCACUUUACUUCUCUGCUACUAGUGUCAUAGAUAUAUUUUUAUUUAUUUUUUGGUGCUAGUUGUUAAUACUAUACACAGGCAUGUCUGAUCAAAUGUCAGAAGAGGAAAUUUCGCAACUUGUUGCAACAUUUCAGCAGCUAAAGGUCAAACCUAAGGCUGACUCACCAGAAAUCUUGUUAAAGUGGAUGUCUGAGUUUUCAACUGGCUCUGUGAAAACAGAAGAUGUUUCCCAUGCCUUUGGAACUCAGCAUCCUAGUCACCCAUCUGCAGCUCAGGUGUUUACCGUAUCUCACCCUCCAAGUUUACCUUGCUUCUCGGGAGAUGAAGGUAAAAGUAAUGUGUCAUAUGACUUGUGGAGAUACGAAGUGGAUUGCAUAUUGAAGGACAAAGCACAUUCAGGGGCGACAAUUGAACAUUCCAUCAGGAAAUCUUUGAGAGGGGAGGCCGCCAGAGUUGCUAUGCGAUUAGGUUCCACAGCUUCUCUUUCAUCGCUUUUAGAUAAGCUAAGGUGUGUUUAUGACACAAGUGAUUCUCCCGUCAACUUAUUGGCAGCCUUCUACACAGCACGGCAGCGGGACGAUGAGGACGUCAACACUUGGUGUUGUCGUCUAGAAGACCUACUUAGUAAGGCUGUAGACGCUGGUGAAGUUAUCCAUCAAGACACCAACAAGCUCCUUCACUCCAUGCUUUGGACAGGACUCAAGCCAUCAAUCAAGGAUGUCAGCGGACACAAAUUUGAUUUAUUCUCCGAUUUUGAUGUUUUGCGAAGAGAACUACGGCAGAUUGAGCGGGAACACAAUCAACGCAGAGGUGACGGAAAGGUCAAAGGUAAACAGUCUGCAACAAGUAUGGCGGCUGUAACUGAGACAACCACCCAAACAGAGUUGAAGGAACUUCGAGGAAUGAUCAAGAGCCUUACUUCUGAAGUUGCAUCUCUCAAGAAACAACAGCAACAACCACCACAGGAUCACUAUCAACAUCCUACAGGAGAACAAGCUCGAUUUCAGUCGAAGUCCUAUGAUCAAACAGACAGGAGCAACACUGGAUGGUAUCCUCAAUCUUCUUUCCAGACGCAACGGUAUGACCAGUCACAAUAUAGAGGCAGAUCUAGAGGACGACCAUUUGAGAGAGAUGUACAGUGCUUUCGCUGUGGACAGUUUGGACACAUAGCUUCAGGAUGCAGGGUCAGGAUGGACCAUAGUCGUCAGCAUUUAAACGGGAGAUGGCCUAUGCGAAGGGGUGGCCCAUAGGUCUCAACAAACAACAGACUGAUACUCAGAGAUAUGAUACAACAGCACUUGUAGGAAAUGCCAAUGAAGUCGAUGUCUGUAUUCAAGGAAUCAAGACAAGAGCUUUAUUAGACACAGGAGCUACAGUCUCCACGAUGAGUCAGGCAUUUUAUGAUCAAUAUCUCUCCAGUAUUCCUAUCACCCCCAUUACAAGUGUUUUGGAUGUUGAAUGUGCUGAUGGACAGCCUCUUCCAUAUACAGGUUAUAUUCAGGUUGACCUUGAGGUCAACGGUAUUGAUGCUGAAUCUCAGUCAUGUCUUCUACUUGUAGUUCCUACUAGUAACUAUAAUUACAAGGUACCAGUUCUACUUGGCACCAAUAUAUUAUCUGUUUACUUGGGAACUUGCAGACAUAAGCAUGGUGAAAAGUUUCUUCAAGACGCGAACCUUCACACGCCUUGGUAUUUAGCUUUUAGGUGUAUGGUGCUACAGGAACGCGAUCUUGUAAGAAGAAAUUUUCAGCUGGGAUUAGUCAAGUGCGCAGGAGUUAAGAAGGUUAUCAUCCCACCCAACUCAGACGUCACUAUCUCGGGCUAUAUUGACAAGGCGCUUCCCUAUCGCAGUACAUGUGCUAUAUUGCAAAGUACUGGCCGUUCAGCUAUCCCCGAUGAUCUUGACAUCUCACCCAGUUUGAUCACUUACAGAGAGAAAGGAUUCGUGGAUGUCAACAUUUCCAACAUUACCACAAGGACAGUAGUCAUUCAACCUCAUGCACUUCUUUGUGAGAUCCAGCCUGUCUUUGUUGAAGAACAGCCUACCUUGGAAGACAAUUCUCAGGACAGCACUUCUCUCAUUAAUAAGAUGGACAUAGAAUCUUCAAGAAUUUCAACCACUCAGCAUGAAGAGGGAUUGAAAGUCAUCUCAGACUAUUUAGAUAUUUUCUCUCAUGGUGACCUUGACCUUGGACACACUAGUACAGUGAAACAUAGGAUCGACCUCAUUGAUGAACGACCUUUCAAACAACGACAUAGGAGAAUUCCACCAUCCAUGCAUAACGAAGUAAGAGAUCAUCUACAUCAACUAUUAGCUAGUGGAGUCAUUCGUCGAUCACGAUCACCUUGGUCUUCUAAUGUGGUGUUAGUACGCAAGAGGAAUGGAUCUUUGAGGAUGUGCAUUGAUUUUAGACAGUUGAAUCAAAGGACAGUUAAAGAUUCAUACGCUCUGCCACGGAUUGAAGAGAUGUUUGACACCCUCAGAGGAUCCAGAUUCUACUCCACAAUGGAUAUGAAGAGUGGAUAUCACCAUGUCGAAUUAGAAGAACAUCACAAGGAGAGAACAGCUUUUUCUGUGGGACCCCUUGGAUUCUAUGAAUUCAACCGGAUGCCCUUUGGUUUAUGCAACAAUCCUGCCGACGACGCCAAUGUAACCGGAGUGGUUUAUGUGAAUGAAUCACAAAA